AGCCGGGGAUGACUUGACGGCUGAGUUAUGCGGGGCAGGCCCUGGCCAGGAGCCGUGCUGCGAACACCAGGCUGCGCUGGCAGGAGGGAGGUGGCCCACGCGGCCAGGACGCUGGAUGAUGCCUCCUUCCCCGAGGACACAGAGUCUGACCAUGCAGGCAGGCGCAGGUGGAGCUACACCGACCUCUCUGACGACGAGGACCUGGUGGCGGAUGAGGCCUCGGGAGACGGCAAUGGCAGCGGGGAGAACGGCAGCGGGACUCCCUUCCCGAGCGCGCUGCCCUUCGUCACCAUGCAGCCCGAAGUCAUGUUCUUCCCCACAGCGGCGGUCCCCCCUCCGGCGGGGCUGCCCCCACUAGCAGGGAUGACUGUCUCUGAACCGGACGACGAUGCCCCUCUCAUCUACUACCGUGCGCUGGUGAACUUCACCCGCAGCAUCGACUACAGCCCGGCGCUGGAUGAUGCCAACUCAAGCACCUUCCAGGAGGUCUCGGAGGCGGUGGUGGACACGCUGGAGUCCGAGUACUACAAGAUCUCCGGGGAGCAGGUGGUCAGCGUGGUGCUCAUCAAGGAGAUAGACGACUACAUCUUCGUGGAGCUGGACGUGGGCUCGGAGGGCAACAUGGACGACGGGGAGAUCCGCCAAGUGCUCUACUCGGUCAUCCAGGCCGGCUCCAUCGCCUCCUACGUCACCUCCACCGAGGGCUUCCAGUUUCGGCGCCUCGGGGAAGUGAUGCCGCCGGCCGUGCGAGCCUGCACGAGCGAGGAGUUCACCUGCCGCAGCGGGGAGUGUGUGGAACGCGACUUCCGCUGCGACCGCCGCCCCGACUGCCGCGACAUGUCGGACGAGGAGAACUGCGAAUGGGAGCCCGUGACGCUGCCCCUGCCGAUCACCACCGCGGCCCGGCCGGUGACCACUCGGAUGCCAGCCACCACCGCCACCCCCACCACACCCACAGUCACCACGCGGCGGCCAGUGACCCCCUUUCCUGGCCACUUCCGCCCCACCGGCCCCUCGGGGCAGCACCCUGUGGAGCAACGCCCCUGCCGCCGGGACGAAGUCAUGUGCACCAACAAGCAGUGCAUCCCCCAAGACUACCUGUGCGAUGGCGAAGAGGAUUGCGCUGACGGGAGCGACGAGCGGAAAUGCGGCACCCCCAGCCCGUGCGAGCCCAACGAGUUCAAGUGCCGGAACGGGUACUGCGCCCUCCAGCUGUGGCUGUGCGAUGGCGACAACGACUGCGGGGACGGCUCUGACGAGAUGGGCUGCCCCACCAAGGCCCCCGGUGACACCUGCGGCCCCAACCAGUUCACUUGCGUGUCCAACCACACAUGCAUCCCUGCCAGCUACCACUGCGACGAGGAGGUCGACUGCCCCGAUCGCUCCGACGAGUUUGGCUGCACACCCCCCCAGGUGAUCACACCCCCUGAGGAGUCCAUCCAGGCCUUCCCCGGCCAGACGGUGCGCUUCACCUGCGUGGCCAUCGGCGUCCCCACGCCCAUCAUCACCUGGAGGCUCAACUGGGGGCACAUCCCCGCCGGCAGGAGAGUGUCUAUCUCAAGCGAGAAGGGACGCGGGACACUGAUCAUCCGGGAUGUGAAGGAGGCUGACCAGGGCGCCUACACCUGCGAGGCCAUCAACGCCCGCGGCAUGGUGUUCGGCAUCCCUGACGGCGUGCUCAGCCUCACGCCCCAGCGUGGCCCCUGCUCCGAGGGCCACUUCCACAUUGAGGGCACAUCCAAGUGCCUGCCCUGCUUCUGCUUCGGCAUCACCAAGGCGUGCCGGAGCACCGGCCGCUACCGCCACCAGAUCCACCUUCGCUUCGACAGGCCCGAGGACUUCAAGGGUGUGAACGUGACGAACCCGGUGCUGCCCGGGAUGCUGCCCCUGUCCUCCACGCAGCUGCAGAUUGACCCCGCGCUGCAGGAGUUCCAGCUGGUCGACCUGUCCCGCCGGUUCCUGGCACACGAAUCCUUCUGGACACUGCCUGCCCAAUUCCUGGGCAACAAGGUGGACUCCUACGGUGGCUUCCUGACCUUCAAAGUGCGCUACGGGUUGGCACGCGGCCAGCCAGAGCCUGUGCAGAAACCCGACGUGAUCAUCGUGGGCAACGGGCAGAAGCUCAUCUACCGGGCACGAGUGCCCACCCAGCCAUCCGCCAUCAACCAGCGCCGCGUGCAGUUCACGGAGGAGAACUGGGUGCAUGAGUCGGGGGCACCGGUGAGCCGGGAAGAGCUGCUGCUCGUCCUGCAGCGCCUGGAGAGCGUGCUGCUGCAGACCGUCUACGACAACAGGAUGGCCAGCGUGGGGCUGAGUGACAUAGUCAUGGACACCACCACGACCGAGGUCACCAGCCUGGGCCUGGCGCGCGGCGUCGAGGAGUGCAGGUGCCCCACCGGCUACUUGGGCCUGUCCUGCGAGCGGUGCGAUGCCCAGUUCAAGCGGGUGGCCGAGGGCCCCUACCUGGGCACCUGCUCUGGCUGCAGCUGCCACGGGCACUCCAGCUCCUGCGACCCGGUCUUCAGCUACUGCCUGAACUGCCAGCACAACACGGAGGGGCCCCAAUGCAACAAGUGCAAACCCGGCUUCUUCGGAGAUGCCACCCGGGGCACAUCCACAGCCUGCCGGCCCUGCCCCUGCCCCUACACUGAGCCUGGACGCAGGUUCUCGGACUCGUGCUUCCUGGACACGGACGGGCAGGCCACGUGCGACGCCUGCGCUCCCGGCUACACCGGGCGGCGCUGCGAGAGGUGCGCGCCGGGCUAUGAAGGCAACCCCAUCCGGCCAGGCGGGAAGUGCACCAGAGUCGGCCAGGAGAUUGUGAAGUGCGACGAGCGGGGCAGCAGCGACUCCUCCGGCGGCGCCUGCCUCUGCAAGCCCAACGUGAGAGGCCGUCUCUGUAAUGAGUGCGCGGCGGGGGCCUUCCACCUGAGUAACACCAACCCCGACGGCUGCCUGAAGUGCUUCUGCAUGGGCGUCUCGCGGCAGUGCGCCAGCUCCUCCUGGAGCAGGGACCAGGUGCGAGCCGUGUACGAGGACAGCGAGCGGGCACCGCUCAGCCUCUCCAACCUGGCCACCACACGCACGGUCAGCGAGGGCCUGCGCUUCUCCGGCCCGUCCGAGCUGGCCUUCUCCGACUUCCACGCCCUGCCCCACGACGUCUACUACUGGGUCCUGCCCGAGCGCUUCAAGGGAGACAAGGUGACCUCGUACGGUGGGGAGCUGCGCUACACAGUCACGCACAGCGUCUUCCCGGGCUCCCAGCCGCUGCCCCGCCAGCCUGACGUGCUCUUGCAAGGCAACGGCAUCUUCCUGGAGCACUUCGCUGAGGCCAGCCCCGCGCCAGGCACCCCCACCACCAUCACUGUGCCCUUCCGCGAGCGAGCCUGGCAGCGGGCAGACGGGCAGGACGCCACGAGAGAACACCUGCUGAUGGCACUGGCCGACAUCAACGUCUUCAUGAUCCGGGCAUCGUACACGGACCGGCCGUCGGACAGCAGGAUCUCCAACAUCCACAUGGAUGUGGCCGUACCCCACUCCACGGGCCUGGAACAGGCACUGGAGGUGGAGGAGUGCACCUGCCCCACUGGCUACCGGGGCCCGUCCUGCCAGGACUGCGACGUGGGCUACACGCGCACCACCAGCGGCCUCUACCUGGGUACCUGCGAGCAAUGCGACUGCAGCGGGCACUCGAGCGACUGCGACGCUGAGACCGGGGACUGCCAGAGCUGCCAGCACAACACGGAGGGGCCCCACUGCGAGAGCUGCCAGCCGGGCUACUACGGCGAUGCCCGUCGGGGGACGCCCAGAGACUGCCAGCCCUGCCCGUGCCACGGGCCCUAUUCUGCCAGCCAGGCCACAAAGAUCUGCUUCCUGGACACGGAUGGGCAGCCCACGUGCACCACGUGCGCCCCCGGAUAUGUUGGGCGCCAGUGCGAGAGAUGUGCUCCUGGCUAUGUGGGGGCCCCCAGCCGUGAACAGCCCUGCCGAGAGCCAGAUGACCCCAAGGGCGACUGCCGCUGCGACCCGCGGGGCAGCGUGAGCCGGCAGUGCGAUGCCAGAGGGCAGUGCCGGUGCAAGCCCAAUGCGGAGGGUCCCUCGUGCAGCAGCUGCCGGGCCGGCCACUUCCACCUGAGCGCUGAGAGCCACGAGGGCUGCCUGCCCUGCUUCUGCAUGGGCGUCACGCAGCAGUGCACCAGCUCCUCCUCCUACAGGGACCUGGUCAGCACGCCCUUCGCCCCCGGGAACUUCCAGGGCUUCGCGCUGAUCAACCGCCAGCACAGCACUCGCAUCUUGACCGGCUUCACGGUGGAGGCAUCUGGCGAGGGGGCCCGGCUCUCCUACCGCCGCUUCGGGGAGAUGGGCCAGGAGGCCUACUACUGGCACCUGCCUGAGAUCUACCAGGGGGACAAGGUUGGCUCUUAUGGUGGACGGCUGCGCUACACCCUCUCCUACAGCUCCGGGGGCAGGGGCACCCCGCUGCCUGAUGCCGACGUCCAGAUCACGGGCAACGACAUCACACUGGUGGCCUACCAGCCCGACCUGGCGCCGCGGGACCAGAAGAGCUUUGAGAUCGUCUUCCGGGAGCAAUACUGGAAGCGGCCCGACGGGCAGCCGGCCACGCGGGAGCACCUCAUGAUGGUGCUGGCCGACCUGGACGAAAUCCUCAUCCGCGCCACCUACUCCACGGACAUGGUGUCGGCCAGCCUCUCCGGCGUCAGCAUGGAGACCGCCGUGCCCACCUACACCGCCCUGCCGCGGGCGCCAGAGGUGGAGGAGUGCCACUGCCCGCCGGGGUACCAGGGCCUCUCCUGCCAGGACUGUGCUCCCGGCUACACCCGGACGGGAGCCGGCCUGUACCUGGGGCACUGCGAGCUGUGCGAGUGCAACAGCCACUCCGACUCCUGCCACCCCGAGACAGGAGCCUGCUCGAGCUGCCUGCACAGCACGGCUGGGGAGUUCUGCGACCAGUGCGCCCCUGGCUUCUACGGCGAUGCCACGGCCGGCACCCCCGAGGACUGCCAACCCUGUGCCUGCCCGCUGCCCGACCCUGAGAACCAGUUUUCACGGACGUGCGAGAGCCUGGGGGCCGGGGGCUACCGCUGCACGGCCUGUGAGCCCGGCUACACCGGCCAGUACUGCGAGCAGUGCGCGCCAGGCUACGUGGGGAACCCCAAUGUGCGCGGGCAGAAGUGCCUGCCUGUGGCCCGAGCCCCUCUCGUGGUCCGCAUCCACCCCACCAAGACCACGGUAACACAAGGCAGCGAGGUGAUCCUGCGCUGCCAGGCCAGCGGGAACCCACCCUACAACUACUACUGGUCCCGCGAGGACGGGCAACCCCUUCCCAGCUCUGCCCAGAGCAAGCGGCAAGGCGAGGAGCUCCACUUCCCCAGCAUCCAGCCCUCCGAGGCCGGCGUCUACCUCUGCACCUGCCGCAACUUGCAGCACAGCAACACCAGCCGGGCAGAGGUCGUUGUCAAGGAGGCCCUGAGCAAACCCAUCACUGUGACCGUGGAAGAGAAGAGGGUCCAAAGGGUGAAGCCUGGAGCCGACGUCACCUUCAUCUGCACGGCCAAGAGCAAGUCCCCGGCCUACACGCUGGUGUGGACACGCCAGAACAACGGCAAGCUGCCCAGCCGUGCCAUGGACUUCAACGGCAUCCUCACCAUCCGCAACGUGCAGCCCGAGGACGCCGGCAUCUACGUCUGCACCGGCUCCAACAUGCUCGACAUGGAUGAGGGCACGGCCACCCUCUACGUGCAAGCCCCUUCUAAGACCCAGAUGUUUUUUGGACCCGUCGAAGUUGUGGAAGGCCACAGACCCUCCACGCAUGCCAGCGCGCCCACGGCCACCAUCGAGCCGGCACAGCUCACCGUGCAGCCGGGCCAGCCGGCCGAGUUCCACUGCGUGGCUACCGGGAACCCCCCACCCACCCUGGAGUGGAUCGGUGGGCAGAACGGUGUCCUGUCCCCCCGAGCCGUGGUGCGGGGUGGGGUGCUGCGCUUCCCGGCCGUGGAGCCCUCCGACGAGUCGCACUAUCUGUGCCGCGUGCGCAACAGCGCCGGGCAGCACGUGGCCCGUGCCAUCCUCCAAGUGCACAGUGCCAGCGUCCCGCAGGUGCAGGUGAGCCCGGAGCGGAUGGAGGUGCAGGAGGGCAGCACCGUGCGACUCUACUGCAGGGCCGCCGGCUCCCCCACCGCCACCAUCUCCUGGGAGAAGCAAGGGGGUAGCUUGCCACCCCAGUCGCGCUCGGAGAGGACCGACAUCGCCACCCUGGUCAUCCCCUCCAUCACGGUCACUGACGGCGGCGUGUACCUGUGUGUCGGGACCAGUGCGGCCGGCGUGGCCCGGGCCAGGAUCGAGGUGAUCGUACGAGCCUCAGGGGCUGUGUCCCCCAUCCGCAUCGAGACAUCGGCAUCGCCAUCGUCCAUGGUCGUAGGGCAGACCUUGGAUCUGGACUGCGUCGUGGCUGGGCACUCGCAAGCCGUGGUCCUCUGGUACAAGCGGGGAGGUGCCCUCCCAGCCAGGCACCAGGUCCUCGGCUCCCGCCUGCACAUCCCCCAGAUCUCGGCGGCUGACUCUGGUGAAUACGUCUGCCGCAUCAGCAACGGCGCUGGGCCCAAGGAGGCCUCCAUCGUCAUCACCGUGCAAGGUGCUGGAGCCGUGCAGGAGGCUUCUUCCAUGAGCAUCGAGUCUUCGUCGCCGGCCGUGGCGGAGGGACAGACCCUGGACCUGAACUGCCUCGUGGCAGGCCAGUCGCACCCCAGCGUCACGUGGCACAAGCGCGGGGGCUCUCUGGCCGCCCGACACCAGGUCUCCGGCUCUCGCCUGCGGCUAGUGCAGGUCUCCGAGGCCGACUCGGGCGAGUACGUCUGCAGCCUCAGGACUGGGGACACCGUUCAAGAGGCCUCCAUCUUCGUCACCGUGGCCCGUGCCACUGACAGCUCCCACCCCUCGAGCAUCACACCCCCCAUUCGGAUCGAGUCUUCCUCGGCUCCCGUCACCGAAGGACAGACCUUGGACCUGAACUGCGUCAUUGCAGAGCACCCGCAAGCCCCGGUCAAGUGGUACAAGCGCGGGGGCUCCCUCCCGGCCAAGCACCAGGUCUUCGGCUCCCGCUAGCGCAUCCCGCAGGUCACCGAGGCCGACUCGGGCGAGUACGUCUGCCGCAGCAGCACCGGCACCCAGGUCCAGGAGGCCUCCGUCAUCGUCACUAUACAGGCCAUCACCAGCCCCUCCGGCCUGGAGACGCAGCCUCCCUCUUCCUCAGGCAUCACGCACCCCAUCAGGAUCGAGUCUUCGUCCUCCCACGUCACCGAAGGACAGACCUUGGACCUGAACUGUGCUGUGGAUGGCCAGGUGUCAGCCCAGGUCACGUGGUACAAGCGUGGGGGUCCCCUCCCAGCCAGGCACCAGGUCUCCGGCUCCCGCCUGCGGCUGGUCCAGGUCACGCCGGCCGACUCGGGCGAGUACGUCUGCCGCGUCAGCACCGGCAGCGCCACCAAGGAGACGUCCGUCCUUGUCACCAUCCAGCACAGCGGUGCCGUGUCCCACCCCUCAAGCAUCACCCCUCCCGUGAGGAUUGAGUCGUCAUCAUCCUCCGUGGCCGAAGGGCAGAGCUUGGACCUGAACUGCGUGGUGGCCGGGCAGUCCUCGCCCCAGGUCACCUGGUACAAGCGCGGGGACUCCCUGCCCGCCAGGCACCAGAUCUCCGGCUCCCGCCUGCGGCUGGUCCAGGUCACGCCGGCCGACUCGGGCGAGUACGUCUGCCGCGUCAGCACCAGCAGCGCCACCAAGGAAACGUCCGUCCUCGUCACCAUCCAGCACAGCGAUGCCGUGUCCCACUCCUCCAGCGUCACCCCUCCUGUGAGGAUCGAGUCAUCGUCGUCCUCCGUGGCUGAAGGGCAGAGCUUGGACCUGAACUGCGUGGUGGCCGGCGAGUCCUCGGCCCAGGUCACCUGGUACAAGCGCGGGGACUCCCUGCCCGCCAGGCACCAGAUCUCUGGCUCCCGCCUGCGGCUGGUCCAGGUCACACCGGCCGACUCGGGCGAGUACGUCUGCCGCUUCAGCACCGGCAGCAUCACCAAGAAGACUUCCGUCAUCGUCACCAUCCAACCUAAGGACGCCUCCUCCUACCCCUCAAGCAUCACCCCUCCCGUGAGGAUCGAGUCGUCAUCAUCCUCCGUGGCCGAAGGGCAGAGCUUGGACCUGAACUGCGUGGUGGCCGGGCAGUCCUCGGCCCAGGUCACCUGGUACAAGCGCGGGGACUCCCUGCCCGCCAGGCACCAGGUCUCCGGCUCCCGCCUGCGCCUCCCCCAGGUAUCCGCGGCCGACUCGGGCGAGUACGUGUGCCGCGUCCUCACCAGCGGCAUCCCGCACGAGAGCUCUCUCAUCGUCACCAUCGAGGGCAGUGUCGGCUCCUAUUCUCUGGGCGUCACCCCGCCAGUGAGGAUCGAGACCUCUUCCUCCUCCGUCAUCGAGGGACAGACCCUGGACCUGAACUGCAUGGUGGCCGGCCACUCGCACCCCAGAGUCGCGUGGCACAAGCGGGGGGGCUCCCUGCCAGCUGGCCACCAGGUGCUGGGCUCCCGGCUGCGCCUUCUGCAGGUCUCGCCGGCCGACUCGGGCGAGUACGUGUGCCGCGUCCUCAACGGUGCCGGCUCCCUGGAGGCCUCUGUCAUCGUCACCGUCCCCAGCAGCGCUGGCUCCUACUAUUCCUCCAGCACCACUCACCCCAUCCGCAUCGAGUCCUCCUCGUCCUCCCUCGCCGAGGGGCAGACCUUGGACCUCAACUGCGUGGUGGCCGGGCAGCCCCAGAUCACGUGGCACAAGCGCGGGGGCUCCCUCCCGGACAACCACCAGGUCUCCGGCUCCCACCUGCGCAUCCCCCAGGUCUCCUCGGCCGAUUCGGGCGAGUACGUGUGCCGCGCCAGUGCUGGCGGUGUCACGCGGGAGGCCGCUCUCGUCGUCACCAUCGAGGACGACGCCAGCCCUUCCCACCCUUCAGGCUUCACGCCCCCCGUCCAGGUUGAGGCUUCGUCAUCCUCCGUUGUCGAAGGACAGACCGUGGACCUGAGCUGCGUGGUGGCCGGCCAGUCCCAGCCCCGCGUCACGUGGUACAAGCGCGAUGGCUCCCUCCCGGCAAAACACCAGGUCUCUGGCUCCCGGCUGCGGCUGGCCCAGGUCUCCGUGGCCGACUCGGGCGAAUACGUCUGCCGGGUCAGCAGCGGCGCCGGUUCCCAGGAGGCCUCCAUCAUCGUCACCGUCUCCUCUGGCGAUGGCUCCGGCUACCGCCUGCAGAGCCCCAUCAUCUCCAUCGACCCGCACAGCACCACCGUGCGCCAGGGCGAGGAUGCGUCCUUCAAGUGCCGCAUCCAUAACGGCGCGCGGCCCAUCAACAUCACCUGGAGGAUGGCCCCCGGCCUGCAGCUGCAAGACAACGUGAAGAUCAGCCCCAACGGCUCGGUGAUCACCAUCUCCCAGGCUCGCGCCAGCAACCAGGGCACCUAUCACUGCGUGGCCUCCAACCGCUUUGGGAUAGCCAGCAGCGUGGUCAACCUCAUGGUGCAAGAGUCCCCCACGGUUUCCGUGAUGCCCAAGGGCCCCGUGACGGUGAAGGUGGGCAAGUCCCUCAGCCUGGAGUGCCUUGGCCGGGGCGACCCCCGCCCCCUGGUCCGCUGGAGCCGGCUGGGCGUGCGGCAGAAGAUAGAGCACCAGACGCUGCUGCCCCUGGAGAGCCAAGCCGUGCUGCAGAUUUCGCCCGUGAAGCCUGAGGACGCUGGCACGUACGUGUGCGUGGCCCAGAACCCCGUGGGCUCUGCCCAGGUGCAGGUGGAGGUGACCGUGGAAGCUGCCCACAGGACCCCGGGUGCCCCUGAGGUCACGGUGGAGCCUACGCUGACGGUGGUGGCCGGAGAGACAGCCACACUGCACUGCUCUGCCACGGGCGACCCAGCCCCCAGCAUCCAUUGGUCCAAGCUGCGGGCACCACUGCCCUGGCAGCACAAAGUGGUGAACAACACCCUGGUCAUCCCACGAGCGGCACAGCAGGACUCCGGGCAGUACAUCUGCAAUGCCAGCAACGCGGCCGGCUUCUCCGAGGCCUUCGUCACACUGGACGUGGAAAUGCCGCCCUACGCCACCAGCCUGCCCGACGAGAGCUCGGUGCGAGCGGGCGAGACGGUGCAGCUGCAGUGCCUGGCCCACGGCACGCCCCCCCUGCGCUACCAGUGGGGCAAGGUCAACGGCCUCCUCCCUGACCGCGCCGUGCUGCGGGACAGCGUCCUGCGCAUCAGCCCGGCCCAGCCCGAGGACGCGGGCGCCUACCGCUGCAUCGUCAGCAACAGGGUGGGCUCCGCAGAGACCAUCGCCAGGGUCAGCGUCCAGGGUGGUGCCACCCCACCAGUAUCCAGGGGGCCUCCAACUGUGCACGUGACCCCACGCGUGAACACGAAGGGCGUGGGCGGCACGGCCGAGUUCACCUGCACCAUCACCGGGGACCCGCAGGCGCAGAUCGAGUGGUUCAAGGAGGACGGGGAGCUGCCAGCCAGCCACAGUGUGACGAACGGGGUGCUGCGGAUCCCGAAUUUGGACCGCAGUUGCCAGGGCGUGUACACCUGCCGGGCCACCAGCCCCUCCGGGGAGGCCCAACACAGUGCCAAGCUGGUGAUCCAGGGGCUGCCCAAGGUGAUGAUCAACAUCCGCACCUUGGUGCAGACGGUGCUGAUGGGCAGCGCGGUGGAGUUCGAGUGCCUGGCCAUCGGGGACCCCAAGCCGCACAUCACCUGGAGCAAGGUGGGCGGACGCCUGCGCCCCGACCUCGUCAUCAGUGGUGGGACGGUGAAGAUCGAGCGGGUGGAGCAGUCGGACGCAGGGCAGUACCGCUGCACCGCCACCAAUGACGUGGGCACCGUGCAAUCUCACGUCAUCCUCCAUGUCCAGUCUGUCCCCCAGAUUGCCGCCCAGCCGGAGAUGAAGGAGGUGGCCGUGGGGUCCACAGCCGUGUUCCCCUGCCUGGCUACUGGCUUCCCCAUCCCGGAGAUCAAGUGGACCAAGCUGCAGGGAGACCUCCCCGAAGGCAUCCGGCUGGAGAGCAAUAUCUUGACCAUCCCCUCCGUCAAGCCGGAAGAUGCGGGCGUCUACAUCUGCACAGCCUCCAACCGGCAGGGGAAGGUGACGGCCAUCUCCAUGCUCAAGGUCCGAGAGCGGGUGGUGCCCUACUUCACGCAGAGCCCCCAGUCCUACCUGCCCCUGCCCACCAUCAAGGACGCCUACAAGAAGUUUGAGAUCCAAAUCACCUUCCGGCCGGACACCGCCGAUGGGAUGCUGCUGUACAAUGGGCAGAAGAAGAGCACCGGUGCCGACUUCGUGUCCUUCGGCCUGGUGGGCGGCCGCCCAGAAUUCAGGUUCGACGCCGGCUCGGGCAUGGCCACGAUCCGGCACCCGACACCGAUCCGGCUGGGGGAGUUCCACACGGUGCGGCUGUACCGCAACCUCACCCAGGGCUCCCUCGUGCUGGACAACCACCCACCCGUCAACGGCACGUCGCAGGGCAAGUUCCAGGGGCUGGAUCUGAACGAGGAGCUGUUCCUGGGCGGGUAUCCCAGCUACGCCGCCAUCGCCAAGACCGGCCUCAGCAGCGGUUUCAUCGGCUGCGUGCGCCAGCUGCUGAUCCAGGGCGAAGAGGUGAUCUUCAAGGACCUGGACCUGCCAGCUCACGGUGUCGCCAGCUGCCCCACCUGCAGGGACCAGCCAUGCCAGAACGGCGGUGUCUGCAGGGACUCGGAGAGCAGCAGCUACGUCUGCCACUGCCCGCAGGGCUUCACCGGCAGCAACUGCGAGCACUCGCAGGCCCUGCACUGCCACCCAGAGGCUUGCGGACCGGACGCCACCUGCAUUAACCGAGCGGAUGGGCAGGGCUACACCUGCCGCUGCCACCUGGGCAAGACGGGCGAGAAGUGCAUGGAAGGGGUCAUGGUGACCACCCCCUUCUUCAACGGGCGCGACGCCUUCAUCUCGUACCCACCCCUCACCAACAUCCACUACGAGCUGCGGGUGGACGCCGAGUUCAAGCCACUGUCGCCCGAUGGCCUCAUCUUCUUCAGCGCGGGCAAGGGCGGCCCCGUGGAAGACUUCGUCUUGCUCACCAUGGCUGCCGGGCGCCUGGAGUUUCUCUACGAGCUGGGCUCAGGCAUGGCCAUGCUGCAGAGCACGGAGCCCCUCACCCUGGGCCGCUGGCACCGGGUCUCGGCGGAGCGCAGCAAUAAGGACGGCACCCUCGUGGUGGACGGCGGCCGGCCAGUGAAGCGGUCGUCACCGGGCAAGAGCCAAGGCCUCAACCUGCGCACGCCCAUGUUCCUGGGCGGGGUGGACCCGUCUGUGGUGCUGCCUGUGGCCGCCAAUGUCAGCGCCCACUUCCACGGCUGCGUGGGCGAGGUGUCCAUCAACGGGAAGAGGGUGGACAUCUCGUACAGCUUCCAGGAGAGCCGGAGCGUGGCGCAGUGCUACGACAGCUCGCCCUGCGACCGCCAGCCCUGCCUGCACGGCGCCAAGUGCCUGCCCACCGGCGAGUACGAGUUCCAGUGCCUGUGCCAGGACGGCUUUCACGGUGACCGCUGCGAGCUGGCCGACGACCCGUGCCUGCUGGGCAACCCCUGCCUGAACGGUGGGACAUGCAAGGCGAGCCGGUGCCUGUGCCCAGACAGCUUCGUGGGGACGUACUGCGAGCAGAGCCUGGCGCUGCAGAAGCUGGACCGGGAGUGGCUCCCCGAGGGCAGUGGGGGCAACGAUGCCCCGGGCCAGUAUGGAGCCUAUUUCUAUGAUGGCGGCUACCUUGCGCUUCCCAGACACCUGUUCCCCAGGAGCCGCCCCGAGGCACCGGAGACCAUCGAGCUGGAAGUGCGCACCACCUCUCCCAACGGCAUGGUCCUCUGGCAGGGUGUGGUAGCCGGGGAGCCUGCUUUCGACCUGCAUGCUACUAACGAGGAGGAAGGGGAGAGCGGCAAAGCCAAGGACUUCAUCAGCCUCGGCCUCAAAGACGGGCACCUGGUGUUCAGCUACCAGCUGGGUAGCGGCGAGGCCAGCAUCGUCUCCGAUGACCCCAUCAAUGAUGGCGAGUGGCACAAAGUGACAGCCGUGCGGGAAGGGCGGCAGGGCUCGCUGCAGGUGGACGGAGAGGAGCCGGUGAGCGGAGAGUCGCCUGGAAAUAACAUCAUGGUGAACACCAAGGGCAGCGUGUACAUCGGAGGCGCUCCGGCCGUGCAGACCCUCACCGCGGGCAAGUUCACCUCGGGCAUCACGGGCUGCAUCAAGAACCUGGUGCUGAUGAACGAGAGGCCGGGCCAGCAGCCGCCGCAGCCCGUCGACUUGCAGCACCACGCGGAGGCCGGCACCAACACCCGGGAGUGCCCCUCGUAGGCCCGGCCUGCCACUCCCCCGGCCACGGCCCCCCACAGACGUCUGUUCUUGUUAUUUUGAUGCUGAUGAAUUUUUUUUGUAAAGAAACAAAGAGGAAAAUGGUGCUUUGCUGCUACCAAAAAAAACCCAAACCAAAUCCCCAGCAGGGGAGGGGGCCGCAUUCGUCACCGCCUCCCUCGAGCGCCUGGUGCCCCAGAUGCACCGGGCCCCGCAGAGCCUCCGGCCACCGACUCGGCCACGGAUGGGCCCCAUGGAUGGAGAAGCCUCCCCCUGCCCCCUCUUGCUCCGUGGCACGCAGGAGGGAGCGGGGCCAGCCGGCUUUGCUGCAUGCCGUCACCGGGCUGCCGCGGAAGCGUGACGGGACCCCCUGGACUGUCCGGUGUCGGGACGAAGGCCAAAUCCUGGCAGCUUGGACAGCUCCUCACCAACCUGGGGCAGGGGCAGCAGGCAGGGAAGGAGGCUUCUGCAGCGCACCCCUCCCGGGGGCACAGGCGCUGGGCAGAGACAUCCGACAUCCCUCGGCCCCACUCCGGCCAGCGCAGCCCAAAGACACGCCAGGCUCAGGGCACUGCACACUCACCUUCGUGCCUUCCUCGAUCCAGGACAAUCCCCCCCCACUCCUCCCCGGGGCCUUCUCUGGCUCCGGCCACCUCCCCUUUGCUCGGAAGCACGUGCCACGGGCUCAGCCUCCCAGCACAGCCCAGGCCCGGGAACCUCAUGCCCCGGGAGGCUCCUUCGUGCCUUCAAGUGACUUGCAACGAUGAGACGCAGCCCAGCCGACGAAGCAGCGGGGAGACCCCGGCCCCCGGGCAGAAGAGAUGUGAUGGGGGGGACCUGGAGACCAGACGCCAGCAACACAGCCUCCGCUUUGGGGUGCGCCAAGGGGCUGGGAAGGUGCUGGGCUCCCACCCGUGUGAGUUGAGCCGUGCCUGGCACAAGCGGCCCCACGGGGAUGGGGGGCUGGGGGCCCGCUCUGCUCAGGUCCGUGCUGUCUCGUUGGCUUCCUAUUAAACGACAAGUAACAAC